GAGCUGGCUCUGCCGACUCAGUAAUAACACCACAGAAGAAGAAGAAGCUAAUCUGCGUCGUUAGCAAGUCGAAGAUAAAAAAUCAGAAAAACGUUAAUAGCUAACAGAGUUAGAAGCUGCUGUGAUAACAGGUGAUUUAAGAAGAUGUCAGCUGAUACCAAGAUUGCAGAGCUGCUCACAGAGCUCCAUCAGCUCAUCAAACAGACACAGGAGGAGAGGUCCCGCAGUGAACACAACCUGCUCAACAUUCAGAAAACACACGAGAGGAUGCAGACAGAAAAUAAAACCUCCCCGUAUUAUCGCACCAAGCUAAGAGGUCUGUACACCACGGCUAAAGCAGAUGCUGAAGCAGAGUGCGGCAUCCUGCGUCACGCUCUGGAUAAAAUCGCAGAGAUCAAGUCGUUGUUGGAGGAGAGGAGAAUAGCUGCUAAGAUGGCAGGAGUUUACGGUGACAGCGACCCUCCCAGAAAGACGAUGAGGCGAGGCGUCCUGAUGACGCUCCUUCAGCAGUCGGCCAUGACGCUCCCUCUGUGGAUUGGCAAACCCGGGGAGAGCCCGCCUCCUCUCUGCGGUGCGACUCCAGCCAGCAGCGACUACGUGGCCAAACAGGGCGACAAGGUGGCAGCGAGGGUGAAGGCUGUGGACGGAGACGAGCAGUGGAUCCUGGCCGAGGUGGUCAGCUACAACCACUCCACCAACAAGUAUGAAGUUGACGAUAUUGAUGAAGAAGGCAAAGAGAGACACACCCUGAGCAGACGGCGCAUCAUCCCUCUGCCUCAGUGGAAGGCCAACCCAGAGACGGACCCUGAAGCCCUGUUCAGCAAGGACCAGCUGGUGUUGGCCCUCUACCCCCAGACCACCUGCUUCUACAGGGCCCUCAUCCACACACCCCCACACAGGCCUCAGGACGAUUACUCGGUGCUGUUCGAGGACACGUCAUACGCCGACGGUUACUCUCCUCCGCUCAACGUGGCUCAGCGGUACGUGGUCGCCUGCAAAGAGAACAAGAAGAAGUGACAGACGUCUGAAUGACGAUGACGCACAGAGGGAGCCAGCUUUGGAUCAUUCGAUUUUUGUACGGCUCUGAUUUCCAUGUUAGUGUGAAAAUAUGAUCCAAAUCUGCUCCUCAGUAACACAACGUGUGUGUCAGAACAUUUGGAGUAGAGCAGAUAAUCAGCACCGAGACGCAGAGGAGAGGCAGAAUGAACUUCAGACCUCAACAUCUCAUGAAGAGGAACAACAUCUGUGAUCUAAAUCCAAACAUUUGAAUACAUCUGGGAUAAAAACAAACUCAGACAAAUUCACAACAGUGUUUAGGACACAAAACCCAGCCCCUCAUUCAGACACAACUCUGUUUAUUUAUAUACAAAUACUAACAUCUGUCCUUUUUUGUGUUUGUGAGACACUCUUAUGAUUCCAUAUAUUAGAAAAACAUUGAUUUAAAGUCUUACCAAACUUCUCUAACAGCUAUUAAACCAUUGGAAACACUUUAAAGUCACAUUUUGAUCACCUUUCAACAGCACAUGUAUAAAUGAUGUCAUUCCCUGUAUGUUAGUGUCCUGUGUGGAUUUUGUUGUAAAUUGUGUCACACAUGUUUCUCUGUAAAACUGUAUUAGAGCAGCACCAAGACCCUGAUGGCAGCUCAUUGGUUGUUGAGCCUGAACUGUGCUUUCUGCAUGUAAAGUGUUAAUGAUGAUUAAAAGACUAUUUUCUAUG